GGGGCGGGCGGAGGCUGGAGGAGCGGCGGCGGCGGUGAGACCCGGUUGCGGGAGCUGGGCCUAGGUUGGCGUUCUGCUGUGUGUGUAUGUGUGCGCGUGUGUCAGAGAAGUAAAGCCCAGUGGGAACGAUGCCGCCACCUUCAGACAUCGUCAAAGUGGCCAUCGAGUGGCCAGGUGCUAAUGCUCAGCUCCUCGAAAUCGACCAGAAACGGCCCCUGGCGUCCAUCAUCAAGGAAGUUUGUGAUGGGUGGUCGCUGCCAAACCCGGAGUAUUACACCCUCCGUUACGCAGACGGCCCCCAGCUCUACAUCACCGAACAGACUCGCAAUGACAUCAAGAAUGGGACAAUCUUACAGCUGGCUAUCUCCCCGUCCCGGGCUGCACGCCAGCUGAUGGAGAGGACCCAGUCAUCCAACAUGGAGACCCGGCUGGACGCCAUGAAGGAGCUGGCCAAGCUCUCUGCUGACGUGACUUUCGCCACCGAGUUCAUCAACAUGGAUGGCAUCGUUGUGCUGACGCGGCUGGUGGAAAGCGGAACCAAGCUCCUGUCCCACUACAGUGAGAUGCUGGCAUUCACCCUGACUGCCUUCUUAGAACUCAUGGACCAUGGCAUUGUCUCCUGGGACAUGGUUUCAAUCACCUUCAUUAAGCAGAUCGCAGGGUACGUGAGCCAGCCCAUGGUGGAUGUGUCAAUCCUGCAGAGGUCCCUGGCCAUCCUGGAGAGCAUGGUCUUGAACAGCCAGAGUCUGUACCAGAAGAUCGCUGAGGAGAUCACCGUGGGGCAGCUCAUCUCUCAUCUCCAGGUCUCCAACCAGGAGAUUCAGACCUACGCCAUUGCACUGAUUAACGCACUUUUUCUGAAGGCUCCUGAGGACAAGAGACAGGUCUGUGUCUGCCUUUUCAAGCUUUUUAUCUGGGCUUUUCCGAGAGAAAACUUCUCACCCACCUAGUCAUUUUCCAAGAGUCUUUCCUCCUGUCCCUCUGUGGCCAGAGCCCGUCAGAGGGGCUUUGCUAAGGACGACCCAGGGGAGACCUAGGAGGAAAACCAGCUGGGUCUUAGGUCAGAGCAGGGGGCCUGCAAACUUUUUCCUCUCGAGGGCAAAUAAAUAAAAUAUUUUUCUUCUGGUGGCCUUUAUGGUCUCUGCGGCAACUAUUUAACCUUGUGACUGUAGCCAAAGGUAGCCCCUGACAAGAGGCAGACAGGUGGGAGGGGCUGUCUUUCCAUAGACCUUCCAGACACAAAUAGGCGACAGGCCUCACUUGGCCCUAGUGUGACAAUCCCUGGGCUAGAGGAUCAAGGAGCAGGGACAGGAGAUCCCCUGAGUCCAAGGAGAUAAAAACAAAAUGUGAUCUUUGCUUAAGGAAGCAGGAGGGGAGGGGCUUAGCUCGAAGUUUCAAGUAUGAAGAGCCUCUGAACCAGGUUCUAAACGUCUUUCUCCCCUAGCUGUGUGACAUGAUGCAAGUCACCCGACAUCUCUGAACCCCUGUUGCCUCACCUCUAGUAUGGGUGCAACAACGUCUGCCCGUUUAUUUCAUAAGGAUGUCAUAUCCCUACUUUACGAGUGAGGAAACCAGGAGUCCGCUGGGCAGUAGAGUCAGCAGGGCCCUAAGAGGCCAGGGCCCUGAGGCCGAGAGAAUACUUUUCCUGCCACUGCUGGGCAAGUACUUUAGCCUCCCUGGGUCUCCAUUUCUCUUUCUGUUAAAUGAAAAGACCAGAUUAAAAGAUCUCUAAGGGCCCUUCCAACCCUACCAUCCUAGAUUUCUCUGGUAAAAGCCCAAGGGAUGUACGAAAGAAAGACUGUGAUCCUCUGUCAGUACCGUGGGCUCAGUGAGUUGUGGUUCCUGUGAUCAUGUACCAAGUUCUUGGUAGACUCUGGUGGGAGGACCAGGAGCAUCUGUGGUUCUGUCUGUCCUUGUCCUUCUUGGAUGGCUUGCUCUGAUAAUCUCUCCCUUCCUAGUCCUGUUUUGAAUGUAAGCCGAAAGCUCAUUCUUCCAUCUGCUUCUCUCUGUGCUUUUUGCUUUCUGCCGGCAGGACAAGCACCUUAAUCCUCUAGACCUGCCUGUCACUGUAAGUAGCGUUGCCGUGUGGAGAGGGGCCCCGCGCUCUCCCAGGUGGGGAGGUCAAAGCUGGGCAGGAAUCUCACGAUCUAAUCUAGUUGUUCAGGGAACUUGAAGACACAGGAAGAGGUUGUGUGCUGUAAAUCUUGUUUGUCAGGACACUCAGAGGAGCACUGCAGAUCAGGGUCACACAAAGGAUUAAGGGAAUGGCGCCCCAGGGAGUGUGGCCCAGUCUCUCCUCUGUAACCUGCCCUCACGUGGCGCUGUGCCUCCGCCAGGGAAGAUGAGAUUCAGAAACAGCCUGUGACUUUCAUCUAGAUGAGAGCAGGUGCAUUGCCUUCCAGCUUGCUAUAGCCAAGAGUGAAGGUAAAUCCAUGCCCUUUUGGAUGCUUAUUAGUCUGUAGGAAUUGGAAAGGUUUUCGACAGUUGACUGAAGGGAAUUCGGAUGCUUGUUUCUUGGUUCGAGGGAGCUCAGAGAGGUCAGCUUGGCCGGGUGCUUCCCUGGCACCACAGAGAAGCCUUUGCUCAAAGGCCUUUAUGUUCGGCAGCAGACCGCUGUCAGUUACCCUCUUGGUAAGUGUCUAUAGCAAGAUUUAAUCUCGAACCGGCCUCCCAUAGCUGCUAAAGUAGUUUCUAGUCUACCUUUUCCUGCCAGCCAGUGUGUGCUCAGGGGAUGCGAAGUAAAACUUCAUGUUUCUGGCAGUGUCAGCCAUUUGGAAUAUGGCUAGAAAUCUAGAAGCGAGAGAAAAAGGCCUUCCAGCUCUGAGAAAAAUGCUGGGGCUCACAGAUACUGCUCCAGAGGAGGGGUGUGACAGCUCCCUCAGGCCCUUUGAUUUAGAAUUAUCUAUAAAAUUAAAUUAAGGCAGCAGUUUAGAAAGUGAAGUCAUACUAAUUAACAUUAUAAAAAGUGAUGGCUGACAUUGGAAGGAGGAGACAGAAGAAUUAUGAAAAGCUGUCAGAAAAAUAAAAAGCAUUGUAAUCUGGGACCAUUUUGUUUAGGGGAAAACAGCUUCCCCUCCCAGGAGCUCCUUAGGGUAUUGCAGUGUCACAGCACAGAACAAUAACCAAUGUGGGGUUUUUGAUGAAGCCAAGUCCUCAGCACUGAUUAAAUUAUAAUCAUGGUUAUCCCUUCAGAAAUAAAGAAGUGUAUAUAUUUUUAGAAGAUUUGCAUAAGAAUGAUCAAAAUAAUGGUUCUGAGAGGACCCUUAAGGCUUCAUUCCCUGGAAGAUUUGCUUAACUUGGGCUACUUUAUUUCUGAGUGUGCUAAAUAAAUAAAGUGUUACUGUCAAAACCGGAUCAAAUAUAAUAAAAACAGUGACCCUAUUAUGAAAAAUUACCCCAAAGCACCCAACACAUUGUUCUCUAAACCGGCCAGAAGUGAGUCAUGGAGCACUUGCUGUUUCGGCGUGUCCUGCCCCAGCUCUGUGUGCUGGCGUGUUGCUGGGGGGCUGGAGGGGGAUGCUGGGGCCCAGGCUCUUUCCUCUGUUAGGAGUCAGGGUUUCAUUAGAGUCCCUUUCAGCCUUGGCAGUGGUUCCGGUCUGGGACAGUGCAUGUGGCUUGGGACCAUCAUGCUGCUCUGUGCCCUGUGCUCAUUGUCCAUCGCCCGGCAUCCUUGUAACACAGUUGUCUUGUCCUGAAGCAGUUUUUGUCCCUCUCUGAAGAUGACUCAGUCGAUUGUGCCAUUGGGAAAGGAAGCCCUGUUUGCGUUAAUUUGUACUCGUGAAAAAAAAUGUGCGGGAACUUUGUUCAGCGUGUAAGGUGCAUAUUUGAUAGUCCGUGAACUUCUUUCCAUUUGUCCACUUUUCAUGUGAAAGGAAAAAAUGUUCAGGGAAAAAGCUCCAGCGCCAUGACGUCACCUUCCUCUUGACAGUUGUCGCAGCUGCGUGCCUGCCGCCUUGUCUCACGUUCCCUUCUUCUUCUCAAUAGGAUAUGGCCAACGCAUUUGCACAGAAGCACCUUCGGUCCAUAAUCCUCAAUCAUGUGAUCCGAGGGAACCGCCCAAUCAAAACCGAGAUGGCCCAUCAGCUGUAUGUCCUGCAAGUCCUGACCUUUAACCUUCUGGAAGAAAGGAUGAUGACCAAGAUGGACCCCAACGACCAGGCUCAGAGAGACAUCAUAUUUGAACUGAGGAGGAUUGCAUUUGAUGCGGAGUCUGACCCUAGCAACGUCCCCGGGAGUGGGACUGAAAAACGCAAAGCCAUGUACACCAAGGACUACAAGAUGCUGGGAUUUACCCACUGUAUGCACUGGGGAUACAAGACGGGCAGCCGCAGUCCAGUGGCCGCAGUAGAGGUGGGCACGAGACAAGAGCUAUGACAGAACCACAUCAACCCAGCAAUGGACUUUACCCAGACUCCUCCUGGCAUGCUGGCCUUGGACAACAUGCUGUACUUGGCCAAAGUCCAUCAGGACACGUACAUCCGGAUCGUAUUGGAGAACAGCAGCCGAGAAGACAAACACGAGUGCCCCUUUGGCCGCAGUGCCAUCGAGCUCACCAAAAUGCUCUGUGAAAUCCUACAGGUUGGGGAACUGCCAAACGAAGGCCGCAACGACUACCACCCGAUGUUCUUCACCCAUGACCGAGCCUUCGAGGAGCUGUUUGGAAUCUGCAUCCAGCUGUUGAACAAGACCUGGAAGGAGAUGAGGGCCACAGCCGAGGACUUCAACAAGGUUAUGCAGGUAGUCCGAGAGCAGAUCACCCGAGCCUUGCCCUCCAAACCCAACUCGUUGGACCAGUUUAAGAGCAAACUGCGGAGCCUGAGCUACUCUGAGAUUCUGCGCCUGCGCCAGUCAGAGAGGAUGAGUCAGGAUGACUUCCAGUCCCCGCCAAUUGUGGAGCUCAGGGAGAAGAUCCAGCCCGAGAUCCUUGAGCUGAUCAAGCAGCAGCGCCUGAACCGGCUCUGUGAGGGCAGCAGCUUCCGAAAGAUUGGGAAUCGCCGAAGGCAAGAACGUUUCUGGUACUGCCGGUUGGCCCUGAACCACAAGGUCCUGCACUACGGAGACUUGGAUGACAACCCUCAAGGGGAGGUGACGUUCGAAUCCCUGCAGGAGAAAAUUCCUGUUGCAGACAUUAAGGCCAUUGUCACUGGGAAAGACUGUCCCCACAUGAAAGAGAAAAGCGCUCUGAAACAGAACAAGGAAGUGUUGGAAUUGGCUUUCUCCAUCCUGUAUGACCCCGAUGAGACCUUAAACUUCAUUGCACCUAAUAAGUAUGAGUACUGCAUCUGGAUCGAUGGCCUCAGUGCCCUUCUGGGGAAGGACAUGUCCAGCGAGCUGACCAAGAGUGACCUGGACACCCUGCUAAGCAUGGAGAUGAAGCUGCGGCUGCUGGACCUGGAGAAUAUCCAGAUCCCCGAGGCCCCUCCGCCGGUGCCCAAGGAGCCCAGCAGCUAUGACUUCGUCUAUCACUACGGCUGAGGCCAGAGCCAGAGUCAGCGGCACCCAGCAAGGGACUUGGGGCCCAGGAGAAACAUUCACAGUCUGGUGCCUUGUCUUUUGCUUGUACAGAAUCUGUAGUGACUGUGGUGGCCAGUCAAUGCCAGUCACUCCUCAAACCCACCUCGGACCACCCAGAGCUUCCUCUUGGUCCCUGUCCACUCUGAGUCGUGAAGGCGGGUGCUCUGCCCGCCCCGUCACCGUGGAGCUUGGGAUCGGGCCGUGAGGAAUGAACAGCACACGCCCUUGCCUUCCAGGCCAAGAAACUGCUUCUUGAGCUGGAGUUAAGAACAGCCACUCACCUUUUCUAACUGAGCCCGCUCGCCAGUCAGCUGGCUCUCCAUGUGGGCCAGAGCUGGCCCAGGACAGGCUGCCUGCAGAGGACACAUGUGCUGAGCGUGUUGAGAGCCAUGGGGAGGCUGCCUUUGGGAGCCCGUGCCUGUGUCUCAGAUCUAAGUGGAGGCCUCGGCCUUUGCGUAGUAGAUGCCUUGCCCCUGCUUUUGCCGUCUUCGUGAGGGCUCAUCCUGGCCUCGUCCAAGGCCAUCAUGCUGCUGCCGCUGCUGCUGCUGCUGCUGCCGCCGCCGAGGUCUGGCUCUGACAUCUCUGGUCUCCAGAGCCACCGGAUCCUCCUGCUCACACAGUUGGGUGGGCAGAUGGACAUUUCUCCCUACAAGGCCUCAGUCGCUCAUCCUGGCAAGUCAGAGACAAGCAGGCUAAGUCCCACCCUCUUAGUCUCAAGGGACUCUACAGGGAAAGCCUAGAUGUGGCCUCGGCCCAGACUGAGGUGAGGUCACUAGAUUCCACGUCCCCCCCUUUGUCUUUUCCUUCUUCGGGGAGAAAUCGCCCCCUAACCUGAAUGGCAGCCUUCCCGUUUGCUUCCCUUUGGCCUUCCAGACUCAGGAGGCUUGCCUGUCCUUCCUCUCUGGCCCAGCGCUGUGGUUCCUCCCAUUGGCUUUGAUUUCAGGGAGCCGGCUGGGGCCAGGCAAGGCCACAGCUGUGCCAGUGGGCCUUCCCUGGUGCUGCAGCGCUUGUAAACCACACGCACAGCCUCUCUCCUUGGCCACGUGUAAACACAGGGGCAUUCAGUAUUGGUAGCCUGGCAUGGUGGGUACUGCCCAAUGAAGAGGGUACUAUAUAUUUUCUUUACUAUAGGCCAUACUUAUACAGACGUGUAUAUAUAUUUAUAUAAGAUCUACCUAUCCUAGGAUGGAAUGUUGGAGGGAAAAUAAAAUGGGAGGCCAAAAAACAAAAAGGUAACACUUCCAGUUGUGGGCUAAGAUUGUAACCUGAGUGGCUGGGAGCUUCCUGUCAGUAACCAUGUUUUCAAUAAAUACUCUUUCAUGUACAAACUC